AUGGGUUUCGCCAUCAACAAGGUCCUAACGGGGUACAUAAUCGCGGACCUCCUCUUCCUUCUGGGCGGCAUCAUCCUCCUUCUGGGCUCAAGGCUAGGCGAAGCAAGCCUCCAUCAUGAAAGAAACGUCGAGAACGCCAUGAGGUCCCUGCUCAUACCUCGUUGUCCCAUAAUCCCCUCCCUUGCCAAUGCAAUCUGCGUCUUCGCGGCCUUCCUCUGCUCGAUACCGGUCAUUGUGUUUCCGCAGAACGGAAUAUGGCUACGUCUUCAUGGCUGGCUACUCGUCUUCAGCGGGAUUUUCACCCUCAGCCUGGGUCUGAGUGUUUGGUAUGAAGCUCUGCGUACCCGCUCGACGCUCCAGCCAAUGUGGUCCAGGGAGACUGGUGACAUACAAGGCCUGCUGCAGAAGAAGUUCGAUUGUUGCGGGUUUGAAAACAGUACCUCGCCACUAUACCAUUACGAUUCAACCUGUAUGUCGGAUCUGCUUGCCGCACAGAAACCGGGCUGCAUAGGGCCGAUGUCUGAUUAUGCCUUUUCGUUCUUUGGCAAUAUAUCUACUGCUACCUUUGGCAUUGUUGCAAUUGAUGCCAUUCUCCUCCUGUGUGUUGCAAUGCUGUUCAAGGAUCGCAAGGACAGAACAAGAUAUAGACUCAUUGACGAGAAAUACGAACUUGGCAUGAGGCAAACAUGA